AUGCGGAGCUCGAGUGGAGUCGCCCUGGCCCGAGCACUUUCGGCAAUUCUUAGCUUGCUGUCGGUAGUAAGCGGGAGUGUCGGAGUAGGCCGCAGGGUGAGCAAGUACUCCUUCCCAGAUGAUUUUAUGUUCGGGGUAUCGACGGCCGCAUUUCAAAUUGAAGGAGGAUGGAACGAAGGGGGAAAAGGAGAAAGUAUGUGGGAUACGUAUGUACACAAGCAUCCAGAAUAUACAGCUGAUCGUUCGAAUGGUGAUGUAGCAGCUGACUCCUACCAUUUGUUUAUGGAUGAUAUUGACAUGAUCAAAAGUAUGGGAGUCGAUCACUAUAGGCUGUCUAUUUCAUGGCCAAGAAUUCUCCCUAACGCUACGGACAACAAUAUAAGCUAUGAAGGUGCAAAGUAUUACCGUACUUUGUUCAAAGAGCUCCUAAAAGUUAACAUCACUCCUGUAGUCACACUGUUCCACUGGGACAUGCCCACGCCACUAAUGGACCUCGGCGGUUGGAGCAACCCCGCAAUAGUUGAUUUCUUUGAGGACUACGCUAGAGUCGCAUUCAAUCUGUAUGGAGAUUUAGUUAAAAUAUGGACAACUAUAAACGAACCUCAUCAGCAUUGUUAUAAUGGUUAUGGCAAAGAUUACUUUGUACCAGCAUUGAAGUCACAUGGAAUCGGCGAGUACUUAUGCAGUCACUACAUUCUAUUAGCCCAUGCUCGGGUUUACCACUUAUAUCAAAGGGAAUUCAAACCUUAUCAAAAUGGGAUGGUCGGUAUAACUCUUGAUGCGUUUUGGGCUGAUCCCAAAGAUCCUAAUAAACCUGAAGACGUUGAAGCUGCGGAAAACUAUCUACAAAUGCAUCUGGGAAUAUACGCGCACCCAAUAUUCUCGGAUUUCGGCGAUUAUCCAAGUUUUGUUCGUGAACGAGUGAACAAUAUGAGUAGUCUACAAGGAUACUCAAGGUCACGUCUUCCGUACUUCUCAGAUGACGAGAUCAAGAUGCUUCGAGGAAGUGCAGAUUUCUUUGGCCUUAAUCACUAUACGACAUUUUUAAUGAGUCCAUCAACGAUGGAGCCGGAUUGGGAUAUUCCCUCUCUGGACCAUGACACUGGGGUCAAAAUGGAGCAAAAUCUAUCCUGGCCAAGGCCUGGUGCUGAUUGGCUUACGGUAAAUCCACCAGGUUUUCGUAAACUAAUUAAUUGGAUCGAUAAUAAGUAUAAUAGUUUGAAACGAAUUCCUAUCAUUAUAACUGAGAAUGGAAUGAGUGACAAAGGACAAACGGAGGACUAUGAAAGGGUGUCGUAUUUCAACGAAUACUUAAACCAAGUCCUACUAGCGAUGUACGAAGACGGCUGCAACGUCAAAGGUUACUUCAGCUGGACUCUCAUGGACGAUUUCGAAUGGAAUGAUGGCUAUACGACAAAAUUCGGCUUGUUCAAAGUGGAUUUCGACAGUCCAUUAAAAACGCGAACACCAAAGCUUUCUGCGCAUAAUUUCGCCAACAUCGUGCGCACACGCCUCAUUGACUUCGACUAUAUAAAACCGCCUUCAGAAUUUAAUAGAUUACUUGAAUAG